AAGACUAAAAAUGAUUAAGUUUUCUUGCAUUUUGAAUAUGCAUUUAACGUAUAUAUUCUCAAAUGUUGAAUUUCUAAUUCUUGAUAAAAUUAAGAGACUUUAUUUAGUUUUAAAGUAAAGCUUUAUCAUUUUUGUAAGAACUAUGUCUUGCACAUUUAUCUGAUUGGUGACACGGUUUGUUUGGGCUAUACACCCUGGAAGUCCAUAGCUGAUAGAAGUGCCAUCUUGUUUACUGUUUAAUUUUUCCCAAACUUCUUUUCAUUCUAAAGAAAAUUUUAGACGCUUACAAGAUAAAUUUUACAUGUGUUUGGGUGCAAUUAGUAAAAAAUGGAUGACGAGGGCCUUGUAGUAGCUGUCCGUUUGUGUGACACAGGUGAGAGAGAACAACCAGAUCCACUGUGUUUACGAUCUGAAGAUUUGGCAACAUGGCGACAUUUCGAGACAUUGGUGAGAGCAUUACUGUAAAUAUUAUAUUUAAUCUAGAUAUAUAAGCAGUUCAUCAAUAAGGUUUUAGACGUUUAGGGUUAAUCUAUAACUUCAGCGUCGGCUAUUCGGAAAUCGUGUUUUUUAAGUGCUACUUUGCUGGUUAUUCUCUUUUGAUGAGAUAAAAUUAUGUCACAACAAAUCAUCAUGAUAUAAUUAUAAUGGGAUUUUGUUUUGUAUGACAUUGUUUUGUACAUAUUCAUUUCAGUGCACACACACCCAUAUAUAUAUACAAUUUAUUUAUUCCAACACAAAAUAUUUUAAAUUGCAAAAUUUAAACAAUUUAAUGAAUGAAAAGAAUAUAAUAUUUUGUAAGCAAACAGUUUGAGUUUAUGCAUAAUAAAUAAUAAUAUUAGUUUUCCCUCAAAGUAUCAAUGAACUUCUUGAAAAUAACAUCUCCCUGAAAACGAUUGCUGAAAUGAAUGCUGAACUUGAACUUGUGCAAAUUUUAAGGGAAAGGUAUUUUGGCAGUGUCUAUAUCUCCCGCACUUAUUUGUCCGGCGACCAAGUCACAUGACCGCCGGAAGAAUACUUUAUCGAGAUAUUCGUCCAGUGACCAAGUCACAUGACCGCCGCAACAAAGCGGCGCUAUAUAUUUGUCCGCCAGCCUUGUCACGUGUCCGCAAAUGAUUCAAAACUAUUGUUAAUUUUAAUAUCUAUUUCUCUACCAAGUAAUGUACUGAGUAUCUUGCAAACAAAUAUUAGAAAAAAUACUUGGGUAUAUUACCAAAACAAAGUGGGGAUUAAGCAAUAAUGCAUUCUAGAAGUAGAAGGAAGCAAUGCAUUAGAGGGAGAGAGAAUUACAGUAAUAAAAAAAAAUAAAAAAUAUGAAUGGUCAAAAAAAAAUAAUAGUGAGGGUGAUGAAUAGUUAGUAUAUGGCCGACUAGUUUAAUAUUCAAAGUCAAACACUUUAUGCAUCUCAGUGCAUAUGAAUAAAUUAACAUGUUCAGCAUUUAUUCAUUAUCUAGGGAUCGGAAUAUCAAAUGCAAUGCUACUUUUUUGCUGGCGACCACUUGCCACAUGACCUGCCGCAAUAAUAACGCCUACCAGUCGUCCGGCGGUCACGUGACAUGCCCGCCGGACGUAUAUCUCCAGCACUAUGUGUCUGGCGCGCCGGGCAUGUAGACACUUUGUAAGGGAAAAGAGCCCGGCUUGUGCCAAACUAUCUUUUCAGUUUUGUGCAUAUCCACAAAUUUUCUACAUUGUGUGUAUCAUAGUGUAUGCUUUGUUGAUGGACCACGGUUGAGUAGAAUAUAUCUCUCUAUGCACUCCUGUAAAGUCUAUCAUGUCUAUCUGACACUUAAACAAGAAAACAUCGCCCAAUCUAUGCCACAAAAAACCCAGAGGCCCUCACACCACUGUCCAUAAUUGUAUUUCCAGUGGAAAUAUUUAGUUUCAUUAAUUUCUAUGACAAUUCAACCUAUCGUCAAAACCCCUAAUCUCUGUUGCACAUGCAGCCAGUCAGGCUGCACACUCUUCCCUCAUGAAGUUGCACCAAUCUUACACGAAACUGAUAUUUCUGACAUUAGUCUCGCCUGACAUCUGCAAUUGUGGUAUGUAACAACACCAGCAGUAAACUAUAAUCAUAAUUUGCUGGUUGCUGAGGUGACUUCCUGCAAAAAAAAAGUUUUCCCUUAGUGACUUUCUGAAACUGCACUUACCACAGACCCACCUGCGACCGUCCUUGAAUGUAUCUGUUCAUUGUGCACAACCAUUGCAUAUACAACCUCAACAUUUCAUACUGUUUUUUAGCAGGCGUCAACGCAUGCACAAUUGCAGUACUGAUUGAGGGUCCAAAAAGCUUGGCAGUAGUUAAGACAUCUGCCACAAUUCUUCAUUGCGUACCUCAGCAGCAUAAAAACUUGCAACUGAACUAAUGUUGUCUCACCUCUUUUUCUUCCCGCCAUAUCACUAGAUUAGUAGCUUAUUGAAAUGAAUUCUGCUCAAUAACUUUAAAAGGAAGUGGAACUGUAAAUGGACAUCAAUAAAAGAAUAAUAGAAAAACAGCAUUUUUGAAUAGCUGACUCUGAAGUGGUAGAUUACCAACUGCAAAUAUGUAUAUUUUGUAUUCUCUGAUCUAUCCCAAAAUUGAAUGCAUCAAAAAAUUUUCAAAGUACUUAGUUUUAGUACUCAUAGUCGAAGAAGUAGUAGUAUAGCAGGCCUAUUAUUUAUCAAGUAGGCUUUGUAAUAUUUAAUUUAAUAUUAUUAUUAAUACAUAGCCUAGGCCGACUAAAUUAAAAAAUUAUUGGUAGUUUAGGCUUGGGUUAUUAUUACCUAGCCUACCUUAUCAGCUAUCUGAUACUAAUCAGUAUUCUAGUACUAGUUAUUAGUUAGCACUAGCCUUAGGGGGUAGGUGGGUAUGCCAAGGGAAGGGUUAGGCUAUUUGAGGAAUUCUUAAUUAAAUAAUUCAUCAUUUGUUCUAAAGACUUAUUCAAAGUUAACUCAUAUUUUCCCUCUUUAUCAUCAGCUACGGGAUAUGUAUCAGUGUCCUCCAGAAGCAAUCAGAGUUUCUUAUCUUGAUGAUGAAAAUGACUGGGUAUGAUUUAAUUUAAUAGCCUGUUAUCACUAUUCAUUUAUAAUAAACCUAUGCCUGCGUUAUCAUAACACUACAAUUAAAUUAAAUUUUUGUCAAAAGCCCGUAAAUAAGUAAGCCAUAAAGUUGUAUUAUCUAACAGAGUAAAGGUUUCAGUUUUAUUGCUUGCAUUCUUAUUGUGUAUCUUUGCUCUUUUGUAAUUUUAAAUUGCUAAAGUAAAUGAGCACUUUUGUGUUUAUUAAGCUACAUUUGUUAUUUGACUUAACUUAAAGACCUGUUUCACUAUCUUUAUUUUACAUUUCAAUUAUUCUAAAUUUAAGGUGGAACUCGGUAGUGAUGGUGAAUUAGCAGAAGCAGUCAAGGUAAAAUUUGCAAUGACGUCAUAGAUUUAGUUGAUCAGAUAAUAUUUCUAAGUUUUAUUUAUAUCUUGUUUAUUGGGUUGAUCUUGGAUAGAGUUUAAGCCCUGACAAAAAAAGGAAUGAUUUGUUUUUCUACAUAUAGGUCUUUAAUACAACAACAUUUUUUGUUUUCAAAUUUCAACUGGGCUGCACUUAUUUUGAAUGUAUAUUUAGACAUUUUUUUUGGCUUAUUCAGUUUUUUUAACAACAAAAAAUAUUAAUCAACAGCUGACCAGGGCGUCGGGUGAAAUUUUACAACUGCAAGUAAAGAGAGGAGAUGCUGAAAAGCUUAUUCAUAUUGAUGUUGGGGGCAAAAGCGAGAAACCACAAGGGAGCAAUGCCGUUGUGUAUGUCCCAACAACGGAUCCAGGAGGAGAUGUGUUUGGCCAGCUUGUUUAUCCCCACCCACCUCCAACAAACCCAACCCAGGUGAAUACAUUCUACCCACCUGCACAUGGAUUCCAACCUUUGGUACUGGUUUAUCCACAUCCUAAAGAUACUACACCAUUACCAAGUGCACCAAGGGAUGAGGAAACAAAGAUUAAUUCAUGGAGGAACACUGGAAGCUUUGCCUUGAAAGUGGACAUGGACUCCCAGGAUAAAAGACCAUGUCCACAGCAAAAUAGCAGUCAGUGUCAUGGCACAAGCCAAGCCAAAGAGCAGACACUUUUGGAUGACAUCAAAAGCCCAGCAGUAGUCAGCAGAGUUGAGCCACUGUGCUUGGAGCCCGGAUCCCUGGGUCAGAAUUUCUUGCCCAAUCAAGAUCCCUUUGAAAUUCAGUCAGAUGGCCCAUCCCAGGUGGAGGAUGGAGCCCACUCCCCCCUCAUUCCAACUUUUGCUGGGAAACCAUUGGUCAAAGGGGGAAGCAAUGACCAGAUAAAGACUCCAGAAGAUGAUGCCAGACCAUUUGGAGGAGUGCAGCAGAGCAGAGUGUUGGAGUUAAUGACCUCUGUGCAUGAUGCAUUAUCAUUCAACACUUGGCCAGCUCCGGCAGGGUCCAACCCUUCUUAUGCCAUGGCCAAGUGUAAGGUGGUGAAGAAAGGUGCCGUCGACAGCCUCCCUCCUAAACCAAUGCCAAGAAAUCUCCUGAUGAUGGAGGGAGCACAGUCUGGGGCUAAUGCUGUGGCGAUUGAGAUGCCACCAGAACCUGACUUUUUCCAUGGGCCGUCGGUGAACAAAGAUGAGGAGAUAGCAGCCAGUGGAGGGUAAGUGACUACCCUGACUUUAAGAUUCAUUGUUUGUCAGAGAGACUUUGAUGGCAUUUGAAAAACCUUAGCCUUCAGCUCCCGUGAAUUUGAACUUCAGAUAUGAUAAAUGGUUCUUUUAAAACUGAAGAAAAUUAAAUGAACUCCCCCCCCCCCGAAAAGAUAUAAGUACUUAAUAUUUUAAGAUUUAAUUUAAAAAAACAAAAGCUUAUAAUAAUAUCACAUUUUAUUCAAAGGAAUCAAAUGUCUUGUAAAUGUAUGUCGCAUUUUCGGAUCAGCAACUGGAAAGAUAAUAUUUUAUAAACUAAAAGUUAUUUUUAGCAUUGACAGAUACAUGUCUCAUGCUUUUCAGGGCAUCCUCAACGUCUGCUUCUGAGGAAACAGGGGAAGUCAUUGCCCGGGCAGGUGAUGAUGCUGCAGCUUUCAGCAGAGAGGUAAGCUUCUAUGUAUUGUGUGUGACAAAUUACCAGCCAACACGCGUUACAACAGUCACAAACCAUUGUGUACCAAAACUACUUUUGACAGCCAAUAGACAAUGCAAUUGAUUCUGUUUGAUUGCUCAUUGUUAAAUGUAUCAAAUUUUUUGUUUCUUUUUUUGGUGGCCUGUUAUUGCAUGCUGUUUUAUAAUUUGAGCUGCUCUUUGGGCAAAUGUCUGUUAUUUAUAGAGGAGCAAUUUUUGUGUGUGUGAAUGGUUGAUUUUACUCUAGCCCCUUUUAGCAAAUUCAGUUCUUAAACAGUAGUCUUCUUCUUGUUAACUCCUUUAGUAUGACUUAAUGAUAAUGAAAAUGAGAAAAAGAAUUUUAAAAAGAAAAACAGUGUCUAUUUAGUAAUGGUUACUGAAUUUGAACCAUUCAAGUUUCUAAAUUUUGUUUAAAUAUUAAUUUCAAGGCUUCAUUCAGUUCCCACUAUGUUUGUUAAUCUUAUAUAAAAAUGAUACAUUUUGGAUUUAAACAGUGGGAAAAAAAGGCAAAAUGUCCUUUUAGUAAAGACAUUAAAAAAAGGAUUUGAUGAUUUCUGCUGCCAUGUGUCACAUGAAGUCAGUCAGGUCUUUGGUGUACUGAGUUUUGGCUAACCCACUGGUUUCCAGGAGCUCAGCAUGCAAUACUGUCUGGUCCAAAGUUCAACUGUUGAUGCUUUUGUCACAUUCAUCUUUCACCAGCUCCAAUUUGUUUAUUCAUUAUACAAAAGAAAACAUAUUAAUUUUUAAAAAAAUAAUAAUAACAGCUUUUUAUGUGUUGUUAAAUUUUUUUAGUCACGGUUGACUCAAAUGUUUGGGGAAUAAAGCCAACUACCUUAGUCUGCUGAAAUUUUUAGAGGAAUAAGCCAACUACAGUAGUCAUGUGCUGAACGAGUAGCAAAUUGUUGUGUCUAAAUUUGCAGCACUCUACUGGGUGUCUAAAUUUUAUUGAAAUCCUCUGACAAAAGUUUUUUUUUUAAACUAAUGCAAUCCUUUCAAGACAAAAAUAGCUUGUAACUCAUCUAUCAAGGAUCAGCUUGUGAUAAUACCAGCAAGAUAGCAGAUUCUUGCAGAGUUCUGAAAUCAGUAAGCUUCAUGGAGAUGAGUGGCACUAUCGUCACCCCUGCUUCUUCUAUUUUUUUCCCACUUUCUCUACAGAUGAAAUCGUCUAUCCGAGAGACAGAGCCAUUUGGUGUAGCCAUGGUAUCCAGUGAAGCAGGCGCCCUCCAAGCAGAAAAGAAAUUAAUCAAGAGAUCAGAUUCUAAAAUCAAGACCACGUCUGCUAAAAAGGAUAAAAGGGAUGAGCUGGGGGUGGGGGCAAAACCAAAAUCAUUGGAGAAGGUUGAAAGGAGAAAGGGAGAGUGCAAAAAGAAAACAGAAGAAGAAACAAAGAAGAAGACUGCGUCUGGGGAGAAGAAGGUUGAAGAGAAAAAAUCAGGGGACAAGAAGAAGAUUACUAAAGAUAUGGAAUCAGGGGAGAGAGUCAGGACCAAGGAGGAGACGACCCUCCAGUAUAAUGACUUUAUAAAAGUAAUGAAAAAGGUGAGACAGCUUUCUUGUAGCUUAUGGGCAAUAAUAACAACUCACUGCAUUGUUCACCAACCGUUUACACUUGAAAAAAAAAACGGCACCGCUACAGAUUUUAAGAAACAUUUUUUUUUAAAGUCAUAUCCCCAAUGUCAUUGUUCCAUAUUUGUCACAUCCAAGAGUGUUCCAGUUUAAUGAUACAUCUUUGCUACCGUUUAGCUUUAGGGUCUGAUCAGAAAACUAUAAUGGCCUAAAAGUGAAAAAAAAAAUAAUUUAAAAAUUAUGUCUCUAUUUGAAAUAAAAAAAAAAAAAAAAAUAAUUCAGAAGAGAGAAAGAAAAUUAAUUAAUUAAUAAAGAAAAAUAUAAUGGAAUAAAAAAAAAAAAAAAAAUAAUUUAAAAAUUAUGUCUCUAUUUGAAAAAAAAAAAAAAAAAAAAAGAAGCCAGAAGAGAGAAAGAAAAUUAAUUAAUUAAUAUAUUGAGGCUGUCAAAAAUGAAAUACUUAAUAAAUCUAUUGAUUGGGUUACUUAGAAUAAAUCUUUCAAAUUGUAAUGCGGCUGUAUCUAUGAAGAGAUAUUUGUAGAUACGUCUAUGACUCUUCAUGAUACCUUGAAGUGCUGCCAUAAAUGUUGUCAUCUUGUAAAUUUUUGGUUUGUGACCAAUGCUCUUUGUUUCAAGAUUUUAAAGUACACGCAUGUUUAUGUUCUUUUAGCUUUAUUACAUUUUUUUACCAUUAAGAGUAUCAUGACAAGUAUGUCAAGCACCGGAGGGGGAGUGGGGUCUAAAAAAAAAGGGUGGGACCGUUCUGGGGUGGGGGGGAGAUGUUGAUCUUCUGUGACAUCACAUAUUUUUUUAAUCACACAAAAUAAAACCUACAAUAGACAGUGAUGUUGAACUUUCUUAUGUGUUGGAUGUAUUCUGACAGAAGAUGUUGAACUUUCUUAUGUGUUGGAUGUAUUCUGACAGAAGAUGUUGAACUUUAUUACAUGUUGCAGACCUGUUUACUCUUACGAUUUUAGUGUACAAUGUACGAUUUUGAGGUGUAUAGGUUGUAUUUACUGUAUGUUUAUUUUUUACUAUAAAUAUAAUGUAUUGAGCAAUUUUGUGAUGAUAUUGUACGAUUUUAAGAGUUUGUGGGUUAACAGGUCUGUUUUUGGAUGUAUUCUGACAGAAGAUGUCAGUUUUUAAAAUUAAUAGUGAAUUGUGAUUUAUGUUAAAUUGGACGUGCGCCCCAAAGAUUUUUUGUCAGGUAAAAGAGAAUCCUUCCACCAUCACACCCUACAAACCACUCCUACCCAUAGUCAAUUGAUACUGAAAGUUAAUGAGCUAUCUGUAUAUGUAUAAUACCACCCAUGCUACAUACAUUUAUAGCGCUGUAUAUGUAUAAAAAACUUUGACUCUAAAUGAAUUUAUAGUACAGCUAAAAUGUUCAACAUCAUAAUUUCUUUAAAUUUAUACCUGAAUAUUUCCAUUAUCGCACUGUCAAUCUCUCUUAGAACCAUAUAACAUUUUGUUCUUUGGUGAAUAAGUUGAAUGUGUUUGUGAUUGACCCAGGUAAAGAGAGAGAUACACAACAGUAUUGUGAAAGAUGUCACGAAAGAAACCGACAGUCUCCUACAGAAGGCCUUCAUCAAAUCUCAAAUUCAAAAGUUGUGCGACCCCCAGGAGCUGAAGCUGAGGUUUAACACUGGUGAGUCUGGUUUUGACAAUCUCUGGAGUGGAGUUUUAAACCUUGCGAGUUAGGUUAAACACCUCGUGAACAGAGUUUAACACAUCAUGGGUGAUGUUUAAUACUGUGAGUGAGGUUUGUCACACACUGUUUCUAAUUUACACUCAAAACAAGUGAUCAUAUAUGUCUAGCAUGUUCUUCCCAAGAGGAAGUUAAAUUGCUGUCAAAAUUUUUAUCAUAUGCAUUUAUAGAAAAAUGAUAUCUUGAUCGGGUGAGUUCAGAAUUAAAUAGAAAGGCUGAGAUAGAAAAGAAGAUUUUUCUUUUUGAAUUUAAGAUUAGAAUAAAAAAUUUCAUUAUUUGUUUUGCUAAAUUUGCUAUAAGUUUGUUGUUUUUUUAUUGUUACCAUAGUGUGCUAAGGCAUGACAGACUAACAUUUUUUUAAGAUCUACCCAUUGGAAUGGCAAAGCUAUUAUUUUCUUCUCUAUAAUAAUAAUUGGUCCGAAAUGCUCAUGCUUGUUCAGUCAGAUUUGCUAUCAAAAUAUUUUAUGAAACAUUCUGAAUUUGUCUCUCACACCAGCACUUGUCCAGCAUAUUGGGAUUUAUUGCGACCAAUGCAAUGUUGAGAUUCGUGGCAUCAGGUACAAAUGCGGGUAAGUGGAUAACUGGAACAUAUUUUGGUGAAAUGUUCAGUUAAUCUUUCUUUGGGAAUGGUCUUUAUUAUUUAUUAUACUAUUUUUUAAUUUUUUUUAACAAUGCUCAAAGCAGACCUGUUUACUCUUACGAUUUUGGCGUACAAUGUACAAUUUUGAGGUGUAUACGUCAUAUAUACUGUAUGUUUAUAUUUUUACUAUUAAGAUAAUGUAUUGGAUGAUUUUGUGAUGAUAUUGUACGAUUUUAAGAGCUUGAGGGUAAACAGGUCUGUUAAAGGGCUUUAAUAUUUGUGAGUGAAGGUCUAAAAUAGGUCAAUGAUAUAAAUACAUUUUAAAGGUAAUCUUUAUAAUUUUGAUGCAUUGAAACCCAACCUAUUCAUUCAUUGCUUGCCAAUCAGUUUUAAAAUGUGUCUUUGUUUUAUUCAAUUUCAUUCACCCUUGAAUCUUAUCUUGGAAUAUUUCUUUCAUUUUGAUCAAGUUUACUAAAAUCAAGUUUUUUUUCCCCCUUCUAUUGUGUGAUCCUAUGGGUUUCUCAGGUAUUCCUUACAUGGCAUGUAUAAAUAACAUUAUGAUUGCAGCAAUUGCUUUGACUUUGACCUGUGUGAGGUAUGCGAGGAUGUUCCAGACAUCCAUGACCCAACACAUGUGUUCCUGAAGUUGAGGUACCCAGCACGCAAGGCCGGCUGUGUGGGCAGCGAGAGGCUGCCACUGCUCCGAGAAAACAUAUACCUUGCGGAGAGGGAGGAGCUGGGUAGUGACGAACAGAUUUGUCGGUUAAAUGCACCAGAGUAAGUUGUUGGUACCUGUUCAUUCUAUUUCCUAUUACCUGCAUUUAUGUCCAUCUUUUUGGCCCAGAUAACUAUUUCUGCUGUGUGAUUUCUCAAAUGUAUUUGUUUGAAAAUAACUUUAUUUUGAUGUACCAGCAUUUUCUUAGACAAUAAACAUUGGUCUUCAUGUUCUUCUUCCUUGAACAACUUAAAACCACAAUAAUUGUCUCUUAAUAUUUGAACGAAAAUGUAAAAAUAUAUCAAGACAAAUGGAUAUUAAGCACUCAAGCAAUGUUUUUGUUUUAUUAAAACUUCGUAAUCUUGAGUGACUGUUGUGAAAUAUUUUGUUGUUUGGUUGUUAACUCAAUUUAAAGAUGGGCAAAUUUGGAUAUAUAAAGUUUACUCCGGCCCUGUGUUCAAGUUUCACAAGUUUUUUUUUUUUUUUUCAGACAGUGUGGUGUGUUAAGUUCUGUUGAAUGAGUAAAGAUUUAUAUUUAAGUUUGUUUUUGUUGUGUGCCAAUACUGGCUGAAUAUUAACUAUAUGAGACCCGUUUAAUUUUGAAAAUAUUCCUUAAAUCUCAACAGUCAGGGUCAGUGUUGUUUGGGUGCAGAUAAUGCAGAGGAGUUCAACAAGAAGGCUGUAAGACAUGGUCCUGAGACAAACAAUUACAGAGUCCAUGAUUACCCGCCUGUGAUCUAUGACCAGGACUUCAUAACAGAGGUGAAUACAAUCUAUAACUUGUUGACCAGCUGCAGUCUCCCCAUGUUUCGUUUCAUAGAAGUGUUUGUGUUCUCCCAAUGCAUCAUUUAACAAUUUGCUGUCCUCCUUUCAGACACAUCCUCAAAACACAUUCAACCUUGAGAUGGCCAAGGGGAUUGAUUCUGAAAUGGAUAGGCUGGGGAAUCCAAUGGAAGCCCAACAGGAUGUUAUCCGUAUGACUAAACUGGUGGCUGCCACUCCAGUGACUGCCAAUGAAAUCUACACAACCGAAGGUAAUAUUUUUGUUAUAGAGAGUCCAUGAACACAAAGUCAAUCGUUUUUAUUGUUGCAACCUUACUAUCCACUUUUGGGUAUGAGUGAUCACAAAUUUUAAUGGAAUAAAGCUGACAAUGCUAAUUUUAAUGACAACUCGUUGUGUGACUAGCAUCUAAUCCCUAAUUAAUCAAUAGAUUUAAAAAAGGCCCUUGUAUCAUAGUUGUUGAUAUAAAUUAACAUUACUACUUUUUAAAUUAUUUAAAAAAAUUUUGUAUUAGACUGACUAUUCAAUGCUACAUUGAGAUGUUGUAUUUUUCUUCAUCUUGCCAGGAGAAGUUGUUAGAGAUGAACCCACCAGCCCAGCUGUCAGUGACUCCAGCAGCAGCAGCAGCAUCAUCUCCCUGUCCCAUCCCCCUGGCUCCAUCCCACUGGUGCCCCUCACAGCAGCUAAGAUGAUGAUGAGAGGGGAAAAUGAGGCAAUAACCACUGUCACUGAGGAGACUGUUGAAGGUACUAAUAACUAAGACAAUUGCCAGUACAUCAUCCAUAUGUUUGCUUUAUUAAAAAUAUGAGCAUGAAGCAAGUUUCCAAGUCUUGAUAAGAUUUUUUUAUCUUUUGGACAAAUUUAUCAUAGAGGCAGUUUUUGAUGUAGAAACAAGUUCUGUUCCUAGAGGUUGCUCACUAUAAUAUUUUUUUUUUGGAUACAUUAAACCAUCUAAAAAUGCAAUAUUUAUGAUAAAAUCCUAUAUGUUAGACGUCAUUUAUCCAUAUGAAAGACAUUAUAUUAAAUAUCGAAUGUGGUUUUUAUCUCAAUGAUAUACUAGGAAUGCAAAAUAAAAGUUGAAAACAUGAUAAAGGGUCAAUAAGAUGCAUUAAUUAAAUAGUUGAUUUUAAUUAAAAGCAGACAACAUUAUUCAGUACAUUAAUAAAAUCUUUAAGUGAAUGUUCGCAAAUCGAGAACUGCCUAUAUGUAGUUUUGUAACAAAAAUUCUGCAAUGUUAAUAACAUUUUAGGAGCUGAAAGAGACUUUGACAGUAUCCCUGUGAGAAGACCAUUGUCCCCCAAUCAGCCCAUCUUCUUUGAUCUUGAGGAGGAGGACAGCUCCUUCCAGGAGUGGGACUCUGACAGCAGUGAUGACUUCUGUAUCAUAGACCCCUCCCAUGCCCCUGUCAGCAGGGAUGACUAUGAGGCCAUCACCGAUGUAAGGUUUUAUCUCUGUUUAAAUUUUAGCAUCUUUUUAAAACAAAUAACAUGAAGCUGCUGAACAUGUUAACUAAACAAGACUAAGUAAAACUAAACAAGACUAAGUAAAACUAAUCAAGACUAAGUAAAACUAAACAAGACUAAGUAAAACUAAACAAGACUAAGUAAAACUAAACAAGACUAAGUAAAACUAAACAAGACUAAGUAAAACUAAACAAGACUAAGUAAAUGGAAAGCCUUAUGCAUGAUAGAGAGGGUUAAUACAUUAAUACUUCAAAGACAUAAUCAUAUAUCUGCCUUGUACCAUACAUCUGCUUUGUAUCAUACAUCUGCCUUGUAUCAUACUUUUAAAUCAGCCGAAAUGUUUCAUCAAUGUUUUAAAAAUUUAGGUUUUCAGUUUUUAUUUACACAUCUCUUUUGAGCACAUUUAUGAAGCAUACAUUUACUGUUAGAUAUUUAAAUUAUUUUAAUAUGCCACAUUGAAACUUCAGAAUUCAUUUGUUUUUGUUUUUUUGGUGCUCUCAGGGGAUGAUGUAGACAACUGAAAUAUCCAGCUACUGUCAGGUUAAUUUUGAUAUCUCGUAUUUUAAAGAGCUUUAUUUUCUUCCAGCAUGAAGGUGAUGAUGAGACCGAGUCAAGACAGGGAGAGCAGCACCUCACUGAGGCAGAAGUUAGCGCCACUUGCCAGGACAACACUGCUGUGGUGAACACAGCCGUUGAACAUUCCCCAAGCCCCAGCAUUGAAGUCCUGGAGGUUGUGCAGGAUGAGGCCGGUUGCCUGUCACCGCCCGAUGUUGUGGUGACUCACAGGGAGCAGGUUGAUGGUGAGCACGAGGGGGAGAGGGCUGAAGAGGCCGAGGGGGAAAAGAUUGAAGAGGCAGCUGGAAGGGAGGAACAGGUGUCAUGGGUGAACCUACCAGAUGAUGGACUUGUGCACAAGAUGAAUGAAGAGGAGAAAAACAGGUGAGUUGUUGAAAGCUCAAUCACAUCAAGGUCCUAAGCAUUGAAGAAUUCAAUUUCCAGAUCAACCAGUUGCCGUGAAUAAAAUAGCUGUUUGAAAUUUUUCUGCACAGUUGUUGCUUGCAAAAGGAAAAGGAGCUGGCACCUUUCUAAUUACUCCUCACUCGUCUUGUGUGCUCAUUCUCACCCCUCAGUCAUCUUGUGUGCUCAUUCUCACCCCUCAGUCAUCUUGUGUGCUCAUUCUCACCCCUCAGUCAUCUUGUGUGUUCAUUCUCACCCCUCAGUCGUCUUGUGUGCUCAUUCUCACCCCUCAGUCAUCUUGUGCGCUCAUUCUCACCCCUCAGUCGUCUUGUGUGUUCAUUCUCUUUGGAACUGGUCAUUGUUGAUUCUCAUUCAUUUUUCUUUGGUAAUGACAGCCAGGUUUAAUGUUAAAAUCUUGCAAUGAUGAGAAUUCAAUGUAAACUCUGGCAAGUAAUGCAGAAUUUAAUCAAAAGUUAAUAAAGUUGUGUUGUUUCACCAGAGCCUCAGAAUUCACAUACACAUUUAUCUCUCCCAAUUAUUUUAGAUUCAAACAACUUCUGCGUGAAGAGAUGGAUAAGGAAUUUGAAGAAGAGCUCAGAAAGAGGGCCAAAGAUCUAGAGAGGGCCCUGCAGGCACAGAAGGAGGAAGAGUUUCAGUACAUUCUAGAAGCCAAGGAGAGGGCGGCUGCCAUUGAGAAUGCAUUUCUAGAGCAGGCAGCCAGGCAGAAAGAAUUGGAAGACCACCAAGAGAGAAUUUCAAGACAAAGUUCAAUUAGAGGGGACCUCACUCCUACCCCAUCUCUGGAUAAUUCAUGUGGGGAAUUCUCAGUAGGCAAGAAAGAUGCAGAUUGUCAGACGUAAGUAAACACAUUUUACUAUCUUCAUCACCAUGGUUACUACUGGUUUUGUCUGUGGCUUUCCUUCCUGCCCUUAUCCAGAAGCUGCACAUCUCUCAACACUGUGAUCAAUCGCUGGGAGUCGACGUUUACCAGACGAAGUCCUCAGUGUUGUGCCAUCACUCAGUCAUGUCGUCCCUCAGUCAUGUCAUCCAGGCAGGAUUCCCUAUUUGCUCAUUCCCCGCCACCGUCUCCUGGCACUCCAUUUUUUCAUUGUGGGUUUAGGCUAUUUUAGACAGAGGAUUGUCAUGUCCUGGGUCAGUUGUGUCUGUGCGAGGACUUUUAUGCAGAGGAUUGUCAUAUCCUGGGUCAGUUGUGUCUGUGCGAGGACUUUUAUGCAGAGGAUUCUCAUGUCCUGGGUCAGUUGUGUCUGUGCAAGGACUUUCAUAAUCCUGGGGACAGACAGCAUCCACCAGACCUUGCUGGUAGGUUCCACAUCACGACUGGUUAAACGUAUACAACCAUGAUGAUCCAACUUCUGAGUCAAUGAUAGGGGUAACAUUAAAAGGAGGAUAAAGUCUAGGAGAAGAGUAGGGUCUGUGCCAGUGUAACAUGACAUGUUUUAUACUUUGCUCUUAAAGGUUGAGGGGGGGAGGCAGCCUCCCCCCCAAGGGUCCAGUUAUAUCACUGGACAUUUGGUCACACUUGAUUGGGUCACUGUUGGUAACAGGGAGGACCAGUACAAUACAAACAGAAGUACUUUAGUGAAGGCGCCCAUUCAGAAACACUUAGGUAGGAGAUGCCAUACUUCAGAGUUAUCCUGGAGUGCUACGGAUGCAGCUGCACCGGUAGAUAUGGGCAGUCACCACCUGUAAACAGGAGAGGUGUUGUCAUACGCAUCACUGUUUUUUACCCUCCCCAUUUUAUCAAUCUUUAAGCUAAUCAAUUAUCUCCCUGUGCCAUGUCGAUCGAUGCCUUAAAUUAUAGUGCUGUGUUCAAUUUAUUUUCAGGAGUACAUCUCUUAGCCCCAUCAGUUAAUUAUGGUGCUGUUUUCAGUAGUACGUCUCUUAGCCCCAUCAGUUAAUUAUGGUGCUGUUUUCAGUAGUACGUCUCUUAGCCCCAUCAGUUAAUUAUGGUGCUGUUUUCAGUAGUACGUCUCUUAGCCCCAUUACUAAAUUAUGGUGCAGUGAUCACUGAUAGUGGUCACUUUUGAUUAGUAAAAAAUAUAUUUUUAUGACUGUGUCAAUUAGUGGUUACUUUUGAUUAGUAAAAUAUGUAGCUGUAUGACUGUGUAAAUUUUCUUCUCUCCACUCAAGGGUCCCUGAACCUAUUCACCCAGCCACUCACAUCAUUCACAAUGUGGCCUCUGGUGUGUCUAAAGCAGCGACCACUGCUUACUACACAGCCAAGGAUGUCUUCUAUUCUCUCCAAGCCAAGCAGGUGAGCUCAGGCCAUCAUGGUUGAAAUAAAAAAUAUGUUUAAUCCUGUGUUUAAAAGCUGACUUCCAAAUGUAAGAGGGCUGGGCUGCCAUAAAAUGGAGUGAGUUCAUGAAUGGCAUCUUUGGGCUUUAAUCUACCAUGUCGUAAGCUUUAAAAAGCCAGUUUUUGUUUUUUCACCCAAUAAGGAUCAAAUGUAAUUAAUACAUUAAGUUAGAAAUCUAAUAAACUUGACUACGGUACUUAAAUAUCUAAACUUGACUGCUUAAAUAUCUAUAAUAUGUCCUGUACAUACUGUUUCAUUAAUUUGUACUUGCCUCACACUCACAUUCAUAACUUUAAGAUCCAGCCUGAACGCUAUUGACUAAUUUAUCAGAUAUGUUUGUCAAAUUUUUAAUUUGGAUAGAUCAGGCAAUGUUUCUCUCUUUUUAGACUAAUUGGAAAUGUUUAUCUCUUUUAGAUCAAUUUGAAAUGUUUAUCUCUUUUAGACUGAUUGGAAAUAUUUAUCUCUUUUAGACUUAUUGAACUCAUUGUUGGUUUCCUCUUAUAGCAAGAAUGGAAAACUCCUGUAGCCACCUACAAACCCCCCCAGUCUACCUGGCAACCCCCGGCCAGCACCUGGACCCCUCCGCUGGAUGACUACAUCCCUCCAACCUCCACAUGGACCCCACCCAAACAGAACAUUGUCUUGCCAUCAAGCUGCUACGAGCAGAAUGAUGACCAAACGCAAAACUCUGACACGGAGAUGAAAACUGAUGCUGUGGAUAACGCACCUGGUCAUCAAACAAGCUGUAAGAAGCCAGCGACGGCUGCCCCACCUCUCCCAUUGUCCUUGAUGGACGUCCAUGAUUCAGUUGUGAAACGGGAGCUCCAGGGCAUGCAGCGACUCAUCGAGAUGGGAUUCGCCAACAGAGAGAAGAAUCGACAGCUGCUCCAGAAAUUUGAAGGGGAUCUUGAGAAGGUGGUUCAGAGCCUGCUCCAGGAGGAAGGUGAAGGGGAUGACCACUGGGCGUUGCACAGGCAUUAAUGGGAAUGUGAAUUCAGCAGGUCUGUGAGUUAUAUACAAGCAAGAAGGAUAAACAUCAAUUUUACUUGAAAAGAUAAGGUUUUUAUUGUCUUUAAAAAUUUAACAACAGAAGUUUGUAAAAGUGUAAUGAUUGCUUUUAUUAUUUUUUUUCACUUCAGCUUAUUGUUCAAUUGACAUGGAAUAGGACAAGAAAGUUUUUAUCUGUACACUAUAUGUCUGCACAUUGCUUUUGGGUUUGAUUAUUUAAAAAAAGUUUUUUAUACAGAACGUUUAUUUCCAUUGCUUGAUUAGCCACAAGAACUAAUAAACUGUAACAUGUAUUUUUAACGGCUCGAGGCGCACACACUCGUCUGUCAUCGGGCUACUUAGCUCAAUCAUAUCGAUUGUACUUAUUGAGAUGAGUAGUUUUUCUAUUUCGUUAUCUUUGCUAUGUAGACAAAAAUAAAGGAGCACUUUUCUCCCACUAAAGCAUGUUAAGAAAUUUCUAUGAUAUAUUAUUAUUAUCAUCAAUAGUAAUAAAAUUGUAUUUUGAGGAGCCAACAGGUGCUUUUUAAAAAGAUUUGUUGCUACAAACCUGGAACAUGUAAUAUUUUAUUUUUGUUGAAUGGUAGAAUAUAUUACUACUGACACUUUCCAUGUUUGUGUCAUUGUGUCCAUAUGUACCAAGACAUAACCAUUCAACUGUUAAUAUUUAGCAUAUUAUUAUCCUUCACUUAAAGUCAAAUACAUAGAUAGAUUUUUUUCAUGUAACUAGAAAAUGUGUAUAUAUUGAUAUUAGUCAAGUAUGAAAUUGACGAAGUGAUGCAUAAGUAGAGAAACGGUGAGUGAAAACGGUGUUUUUUUGUAUCUGUUCAUUGUAUGAUGAUCCCAAAUUAAUGUCUACAAAUUGAGGCUGACACAUAUUUUAAGUGUAACAAUAGAAGUCAAAGUGUUAUUAUCAUGGUGUUUUCCCAAAUUUUCAUUGUCUAUUUUUUUUUGUGUGUGAUACCUUUGUAAUUUCAUUUCUUCUCUUUUCUCAAGGCUUUUUCUUAUUUUAUUUUUUUAAAAAUUGAGAUAGCGAAAUGAAUACUUGAUGUGUUUAUUGAGUCUGUGAAUGUAAACCAUAUCCAGAUCGUGUGUGAAUUUUCUUUCAUUUUUUUUUUGUUUGGGUGCCUUCUUGGAGCUCCAUGACAAAAAAAAUUAAAGACUUUCAGAUGGCCAUAAAUAACGAGAUGAAUUUUUUCUUAUGUGGUUAAAUGUGUCAAACCUUUUAUUUCUUUUAUAUGUUCAGUGUCAGCUUUCUUUUGUUAAUCCCUCACCAUGUGUCAUUAUAAUUGCAUAAGAUUUUCUUUGAGGUUGUGGCCAAGCUCCAAGGUGAAUGUUAGCACAAAAGUCAAUCAAUGGGUACCCAGCAUGACGUCAAGAUUCUCUUGCAAGUCUUAAACAAGGUCACUGGAACUAAUUGCAGUUAAAAUCCAAAUUUUUAAAUAUUUUUUUUCCAUGCUGAAAAUAAUUUUUGAAAAUAUUUUAACUAGAAAAAGAGAACAGCCAAUGAAUAAGGGUCCUUGAAAAUACUGAGAGCAACAGGUUUAAAAAGAAAAUAAUUUUUAUUAAGUUAAUAAAAUUUGCAUCACCCUUAAAUAUGGACUUACCGUGACUGUUCAAAUGUACUGUAUGUUAAACAAAAUGUGUACAUAAUUCCCUGUCUUUCAAUGGCUUAUUUACAUUUGUUGUGUGGUUUCAUUUGAAAUUCGUAUGUUUAAGAGAAACUUGAUUUUAUUAUGUUUUUAAAAGCUAAGCACAAAAUGGAAUUAUUCAAACAUUGCUAUAUAUUUAUAAUCCAGCUUUUAGUUUAUAAUAUAGAUAGGCUCAGGGCUUUUUGUAAAAAAAAAAAACAUUCACUAAGUCUAAAAUUCUUAGUACCAUUAAGCUAUAACAGUCUUUGAUCUUAUAAACUUUGCAUAGUACACGAAAUUCCUUUCGAAUUAAUGACAGCUUCACAAAUUUUUUCAUGUUUUGUUUAGGGGGAAAGUCUUAUGUUGUCAGGGGGGGGGGGAAGGGGAUAUAUGAUUGAUGAUGUAUGAUGUUUUAAACUAAAUUAUUAAAUCUUUUUCUAGUUUGUCAAAAUUAACAAAUCAGAAUUUUAGCAAUACACAAGUUUCGUUGUCAUUUUUUUUUUUUAUUUGUCAGGGAUAUUUUGUCAUUUCCUGAUCUCAAUUCCAAAUUCCAGUGAGAAUCUUUUAGUGAGGAGUAAAAGUUAAACCUACAUGCAUAUUCCAGUCUUUAAACAGAACAAUUAUUGAAUCUCUUUUUCUUUUUUUCUAUCAAAUAAACUGUCAUCAUUUGAAUUUGCUUUGAAGAUGUAAUAAAGUGUCCAUAAACAAUAUGAUGAAAGUUUAAUAUUUGCAAUCAAUAAUGCUAUUGUGUUACAUAAUUACUUUCAGUGUAUUCAAUUUAUUUUCCCCUUCAUUUUCUUAUAUCCUAACCCUGUGUAUCUGUGUAUAUUGACGUGUAUCUUCAUUAGGCUGAGGGUUAAAAUGCUUGUUCUCUUUAUGAGUGCAGGCUUCUUCUCUGUUGUUUCAAUGUUUUUUUGUUUUUUUUUAAAAAAAGAUUGUUUUUUUUGUGUUUGCAUUCAGCCAAUUUGUGACAAUGACACCUCUACAGCAGUUAUUACUCAUCUUUUUAUGGAUUGUGAAAACGGCAAUUUUUUAAAAUGAAAUUUGUUGAGUUUUUUUUGUAAAGCAUCACAUUACAAAAAUGUUGUUCAGUCAAGGCCUCAUUAUGAUAAAACCUGUGGUGAGGGGUUCAGGGAUCUGACAUAUACAAUAAUUAUUAAAAGAUGCUUGGGUGCAGUUCAUCUUGAAUACUUCUCUGAGCAGUUGCAGUAUUUGAUGAUUACUUCCAGACAUUUUUUGUGGUUUGUAAUCUUGACCAUUGGUAGUUCACCUUGACCUUUGUAUGCUUGGAUAUUGUGGCCAGGGCUGUCCAUCCCAUCGUGAUUCCACAAAUUUGCACAUGGUGGGUUUAAAAUCAUUUAAUAAAAUUUUGUUUUCAAAUAAAAACUGUACAUUUUAUUUUGCAUGAGGACAAAAGUUAUGCAACUGAUGACAGUGAAAAUCUGCUGUUGCGUUUUUUUUCUACACUCUGAGCUCACAUUAAAAUUGUAUUAAAAUGAUGUCAACAGGAUUAUUUGAGAUGUAGAAUAAACUCAUCAUAAUGAAUUCAGAGGAGAUAAAACAAAUUAAAUUUUUCAAAUUGAAUUGCUGUAGAAAUUCAUUAUAAAUAUAUGACAAUAAAAUUUAGUUGACAGCAUACAAAAAAAUUGCAAUUUUGGUAAAUAUCACUUUUGAAAUAUAAAUUUAUUACAAAAAUACCUUGUAUAUUACUUAACUAGAAAUUCCAUACAAAAAAGCUGCAAUGUGUUUUUAAAGUAGUAAUGUUCAAAUGUUCAGUCCAAGUUACAAAAAGGUAAUAAUAAAACAAACAUCUAUUUUCACUCAUGCAUUUAAAUUGACUAUUGAUUACCAUAUCUAAUAAUAUUCAAAUAUGGAUUUAAUGGGUAUGAAUAACAUAGGACCUGAAUGAGAAUCUAAAUCUAAAAAUAUUUAUUUAUCAAAACCAGGUAGAAGUCUAUUGCUUAACAAAAAAUUAAAGUGAAAACUAACAAAUAUUUAAAACUACCUAUAAAGUCCUUUUUUUUUUCAUUCAAACUUUGAUUUUAAUUUAAAUAUGUAUUUUAUACAUGAUAUGGUAAACAAAAUAUAAACAUUCAAAUACAAAGGUGAAGAUAUUAAAUUCAUAAUUGCUUAUGUAUAUAAAUUCUUUUAGCAGUAAAAUCUCUGAAGGCGAACAACAUAGUGAUUUUUUUUUGUUGAAAAUAUAUAAUCAUCCACACUUAUAUUGCCUGGUAAUAAAUACUUCUAAAGUAAAAGGAGAGAGAUGAAUACAAUUAUUCAGUCAAAGGACAGGCGCAGUGUUACAAGUGUUACAUCAUGAUUCUCUUCAAACAAUGAUAUAGAUAUAUUUUAUAAAGUAUUCUAAAGAAAAUACAUUGAUAUUUAACAAAGUACAAACCCAUCACAAUGAUAAUAAUACUGCCAAAUUGUAUAUGUAUCUCUUCUUCUUCUUCUUCUUCUUCUAUAUCUUAAGGGCCCACGAUCAAUUUAUUGAUCAUUUUGGCUCCUAUGCAUGUAGAUGGGAUUUGCAAUGUUUCUGUUCCUGGUGUUGAUGAGGAAAUUUCACAGAUUUCCAGUGCCACUUUGUGAGGGAAUCAU